CUGAGUGAAGUGCGCAGGAAGGUUUUGUUCAGCGCCGAGGAGAAAGAGCUGUGUGGCGCGUGGCGUGCUGCGGCCGAAGAAGGCAAGAGUUGCACUUGAACUUCAUCUCAGCGUUCCGCCGCCACAGCACGGUCAUGAGACCAACAGGUUUUGGUGGAUUCCCUUCAUUCAGUGCGACGAUUGUCUUCGUUUCUGAACACCUGACGGCGCACUUCUAGCGCUCAAACAUGAGGCGGGGAGCGGUGGGUUCGACUCCAAAGACGCCCAUGCCUUCUCGGCGUGCCCGUCGCGCUGUAGACCGUACGGGCUUCGCGAUCGCGAUGAUUUUGGCUGGAGUGGUGCUUGCGGUGUGUUACCGCGCUUUAGCAAAUGCGAACGUGUUUGCCGGUCCAGACUGGCUGGACGGCGAUUUCGAGGUCGAUACGUACUAUUCAAAGAACGUCUCUGCUUGUCCAGGUUAUACUCUUAGAGAAGUAACGGAUAUGGAGAAUGGUUUCAUAGCAAGCUUAACGCUGGCAGGAUCUCCCUGUGAGGCUUUUGGCCAGGACGUCGAUGAACUUACGUUGCAAGUGAGCUACGACUCGGACACAAGGCUCCACGUCAACAUUUUCGAUACGGCUCAAUCCCAGUUCACAAUUCCGGAUUCUGUCAUCUCUCUUGAGUCGUCGUCGUCGGGCGGCAGCAAAAAUAGUUCUGACCUCGUCUUUAACUAUGACUCGUCUCCCUUUGCUUUCUGGAUUACGCGUCGCUCUGAUCCCGAUGCUGAGCCCCUGUUUGACACUAGAGCGAGCUCACUUCCACCGACACCCAUGGCGCCCGUCAUAGCAAGCGACUCUUCGACUGCUCUCGAAGGCUUCCCGCUCGUGUUUGAGGAGCAGUAUCUGCAGAUCACCUCUGCCCUCCCUUACGACGCGAACAUCUAUGGUCUUGGAGAAGUUGUCGCGAGCAGCGGUUUCAGGCGCGACGUCGGUGCUGACGGAGGCGUUGGGACCAUACAAACGAUGUGGAAUCGGGACGAUGCCGACCCGCUCAACCAGAACAUAUAUGGCUCUCAUCCGAUAUACAUGGAGCACAGGUACAAUGAGACCACACAGCAGGCUCAAUCUCAUGGCGUCUUCCUGUUCAGCUCAUCCGGAUCGGACAUACUACUGCUGACACCUCCAUCUUCGUCUAAAUCCCUGAUCCAAUAUCGCCUCAUCGGCGGGACGCUCGACUUUUAUUUCUUCUCUGGUCCGACCCCGCAGCGAGUGAUCGAACAGUAUGGCGAGCUGAUUGGAAUGCCUACUUGGCAGCCCGCUUGGGGACUCGGAUUUCACCUCUGUCGGUGGGGUUAUGAGAAUCUCACGGAGACCAAAGAGCAGGUCACACGCAUGAGAGAGGCGGACAUCCCUCUGGAAGUGAUGUGGAACGACAUUGACUUGUAUCACGCCUUGCGAGACUUCACCUCCGACCCUGUUUCAUUCCCAGGUGAUGAGAUGCGAACGUUCAUCGAGGAUUUGGCUGCCAACCAUCAGCAUUAUAUUCCCAUAACCGACGCCGGCGUUGCGGUACAAGUGAACGCGACCGACAUCUAUGACCCGUACACGAGGGGUGUCGAGCUGGAUGUGUGGAUGAAGAACCCGGACGGCUCUGAGUAUGUCGGGCAAGUUUGGCCGGGGUAUACCGUCUUUCCCGACUGGUUCGCAAACAAUUCCCAAGCCUUCUGGACAGAAGCGCUGAAAAACUGGUCACAAGGCGGCGUCGAAUUCUCCGGCAUAUGGCUAGACAUGAACGAAGUGUCGUCCUUCUGCAACGGCUCCUGCGGCACUGGUGCCAUCCUGUCGACCCCGCCGCCCAUGGCUUUACCCGGGGAUCCUGACGACCCUGUCACGGCGUAUCCCGAAGGGUAUAAUGCCACGCUCUGGGGCCCUAGCGGAAAUAUCACUAUAAAUGGCACGUUGACGUACAGCGGAGAAGCACCAGACACCGCCGCGCUGGAGAAGCGAGGUGUCGGCGCGGGUGAACAAACAGGUGUCAAUCUUAGUAACCCGCCGUACGCGAUCCACAACGGCUUCGGACCACUGGGAACACGGACAGCGCCGACUAACGCCACUCAUCAAGGCGGGUAUGUCGAGCUCGACGUGCAUAACCUCUGGGGCAUGAUGGAGGAGAAGGCCACGCACAUCGCCUUGCAGGAGAUCCGGGGCAAACGGCCCUUUUUGAUCAGCCGCUCGACUUUCCCCAGCUCUGGGAAGUGGUCGGGACAUUGGCUGGGCGAUAAUUACAGCAAGUGGGCGUACAUGCACUAUAACAUCCAGGGCGCGCUGCAAUUCCAGCUCUUCCAGAUCCCGAUGGUCGGCGCGGACACGUGUGGGUUCGCAGGCAACACUGAUGAGGAGCUGUGCAAUCGGUGGAUGCAGAUGUCGGCGUUCAUGCCGUUCUAUCGGAAUCAUAAUCAGCGUGGUGCCCUUCCGCAGGAGCCGUAUCGGUGGGAAAGCGUGGCAAAUGCGUCUCGUACUGCCAUGAGCAUCCGCUACUCGCUGUUGCCGUAUUGGUACACGUUGUUCGCCAAUGCGUCGACGUAUGGGGCGCCGGUCGUUCGCGCGUUGUUCUACGAGUUCCCGACAGAGCCUGAGCUUUUCGCUGUAGACCGACAGUAUUUGGUCGGAAGGGACAUCCUUGUCACUCCAGUGUUGACGCCGAAUGUAUCGACUGUGGACGGGAUCUUCCCAGGGAGGGGUCAAGUGGUCUGGCGCGAUUGGUACACUCGCUCAACCGUGGACGCUAAUCCGGGAGGCAACACGACUCUCGACGCUCCGCUCGGCCACAUCAACGUCCACGUCAGGGACGGGUCCGCCAUCCUGCUCCAUUCUCAGCCGGCCUAUACGAUCGCAGAAACCCGGCAAAGCCCCUAUGAGCUCCUCGUGUCGCUGUCUCCGGGCGGGUACGCAUUUGGUACCGCGUACUUUGACGAUGGCGAUAGUGUUCCGCCGACGCCCAAUACCACCGUCACGUUCAGCGUCACGGACGGCUCGUUGAGCAUCAGGAGUGCCGGCGACUACAGCAUCGAGCAGGCGUUGGAGUCGGUGACGGUACUCGGGGUGGGUGCUACCAAGCCGUCGACGGUUAUCGUUCAGAAUGCGGCGCUGGAGGACGCCAGUUGGGAGUAUGAUGAGGCGAAGCAGGAGCUCGUGAUGAGUGAUUUGGAGCUGGACUUGAACGGAGCCAUCGAAAUCAGUUGGCAGUAGAUGAUACGCGACACAGCGAGUAGAAAAGCUUUCUUGAUAGGCCGUAUACCUGAUGUAACGUACUUGCAUUGACCCAAAUUGUAAUCGAGGCGAGGAUCGUCGCGGAACCAAUUUGAAUGGCUGACUAAGCAGCUUGUUGUGG